AUGAAUGCAUUCACACCUAUUGACAGGUACGGUGCAGGUAUUGGCUCAUUGACUAUCUACUUACAACAGGAAGGCUUUCGUCGAAUUCCAAUGUGGACUUUGUCUGGUGAACAAAUCAAUGAUUGGCUUCAAGGCAAAGUUGGUUUUGUUGUCAAUUCCGAUCAUUCAAUAUUGAUCGAAGCGACAAUUGCAAAAGAAAAUGAGACUGAUAUAGCUAUUGAUGAUAUUUCAAUAGUGAACGGUUAUUGCACUAUAUAUCCGAUAUUGGCUCAACCAAAUACCAGUUUCACAAUAUCAACACAACGAACAACAACAACAACAACACUAGGAGUAACGACAUCACUCAUUUCAACUUCAAUAACAAACACAUCAUCAAAUCCACUAUCGACACCAAUCACAACAUCGAGAUCAACCACGAAUACUUGGUUACCAAGUUCAUUUUUAACACCAAAGACGACUGUACCUACCAUGUUAUCAAGCCAAUUGUCGACAUCGGUGAUAACACCAAAACCAACGAUAACCACUAGUUCAACAAGUUUACCUUCAACAUUGGGCAAUUUCGCGAUAGUUAUUGUGAUAUUAAUCCUGUCGGUGCUGGUAUAG